CCUACAGAGGUGUCAUCAGUCUGCAGGGACAGAUGCCCUCACCACAUGUCUGUUGCACUUUCAGUUUUAAUCCUGGCACCCCAACCUUUGUCCAGAGGCAAAAAUGAAAAUCAGUCUGGAAGACACUGCGAUGACACACUGGGUCAGCAACUGAUUUAAUUAAUUGUGAAACCCACAGGGAUGUCAUGCAGCUUUGAGGGGACAGAGAUUAUUGUCUUCCCCGUGAUGUUAAUUAUUAAUCUCAUUACGUUGCACGUGGAGAGAAAUAGUGGGAGAUGUCUCAACAUACAAAUUUAGACGCCGGCCGUUGCGUGUCUGAGGCUGCUUUUUGAGAUGGGUCGCCCCCCCCCCCUUUCAAAGCGCAUAUCCCCCGUGCGCAUCACUGUGCCAUCUGGGACUGACCUCACACUCUCUCGUGCGGUGUCACAACUUGUUUGCGGCUCCCACUUAUAAGAAAGAAUUCCACCGCGGAAGAAAAGCAAGUCUCUAAAGAAUCCGUAUUUUACCACACUGUGUGCCCCCCACCUCCCUCCUGACCGCUUGGACAAAUAGGGGGCGACUCUUAAAGCUUCUCCCCCAUUGGUAUUCAUCCAAUCCAACAGCUUUCAAACCAGAACAGAGCAGCUGAAAGAAACCACAACACAGUCAUUUUUUUUCUCGUUAUGCUCUACAUUUUCAUAAUGUUAUUUUGCCGUGAUGAGACAGAGUAUCUCCGGGACUGCUCUUGCGUGGAGCAACUGCGCCUUUGUUCAACUGUCCAAACCUUCUGAGAGUUGAGGCUCUCCCGGGUCAGAGCGCUUUUAUCCGCAGUAAGCGCUUUUUUCAGCUGAUAUAUUUGAAAACACUGAAGAUUUUGCAAAGCCUGCUCGAGUAACAGGUAGAUUUCAAACUUUGUGUCUAAUUCCUUUAAUUUCUUGCGCGCUAAAGCAGAUAAUCUAUCAUCCUAUCAGACUCAUAAACGUCACCUUUUUUAUUCCAGAUUUUGGGUGUUAAAUAUCUGAUGUUUCUAGAAAGUAAAACGCCCUUUUUUCCAUCAGGACGCUGAAGUGGGCGUCGGUUUCAUUUGCUUUUCGCGUGUUUUUUUUUAAGGGGGGGAUGUGAUUUCUGAACCUCCAGGAAUCCAGCGGCUCGUCGCGCGUGCGGUUGUGGGGGGGUUUCAGCACCGCGGACAGCUCCUAGCACGCGGCUAAGCUUCACGCGGUUCAAACUUGGGGCCGAGCCACACACUCCGCCGCCGCUGCCGUCGUCUCAUUCAGCCAGCUCCUGUGCCACUCACAGCCCACACUGGUUUUAGGCUUUAGAACAACUCAACACAGAUUGCUGCGAAGGAUGCUGCUGCUGCUGCUGCGCUGGGUUUACACAGUCCAUUCAUCGCACAGCGGCGCUGGAAACUGAGGAACCCUGCACAGGCUGUAAUCUACAAAAACUCUGAAGAAGAGAAGGACGGAGAGGAUGGCACUGAUCCUGUAAAUGGCCUCUGUCAGAAUAAAAACACUGGUGCUUUGAGAUCUGGUGCUGCUGCGCCUUACUGUUCUUCUCUUCAGUGAAGCCAUCAUCAAAAAGCUGACCAGACGCUGACGAGAAACCACAGGCAGGACAGUGACCUUGUUUUGCCAAGGGAUAUGUCAUUGGGGAAAUCCCCUGUGUUGGGGGUGCGCCCUGUGCCCCGACCGCUCCGGCUGUCUCACCUCGGCCUGCUGUUCUUCUGUGUGUCUCUCUUCACCCAGGCUCCCCAGGGUUUGCCUGCGGUAGGUUACAACACUGACUCCAAGAGGGAGAUCACGCUGGAUGGAGAUUUGAUGAUUGGUGGCCUGUUCCCCGUGCACCAGAAGGGUGAGGGGGCAGAGGACUGUGGGAAGAUCAAUGCACAGAGAGGGAUCCAGAGACUGGAGGCCAUGCUGCUGGCGCUAGAUGAAAUCAACAGGGAUGAGCGCAUCCUGCCAGGGAUCAGACUGGGAGCUCAUAUACUGGACACUUGCUCCAAGGACACCUAUGCUCUAGAGCAAUCUCUAGAGUUUGUCAGGGCCUCCCUCACCAAAGUGGAUGACAGUGAGUACACGUGCCCCGACGGCUCCUACGCCAUCCAUGACGACGUUCCUCUGGCUAUUUCUGGGGUCAUAGGAGGCUCCUACAGUGAUGUCUCCAUUCAGGUGGCCAACCUGCUGCGACUCUUCCAAAUCCCUCAGAUCAGCUACGCUUCCACCAGUGCAAAGCUCAGCGACAAGACCCGCUACGACUACUUCGCCCGGACCGUGCCCCCUGACUUCUACCAGGCCAAGGCCAUGGCAGAGAUCCUGCGUUACUUCAACUGGACGUACGUGUCUACAGUGGCAUCAGAGGGCGACUAUGGCGAGACCGGGAUCGACGCCUUCCAGCAGGAGGCUCGAGCCCGCCAGAUCUGCAUCGCCACCUCGGCCAAGGUGAGCCGCUCCAUGAGCCGCUGGAGUUACGAGAACGUGAUUCGCUCCCUGCAGCAGAAGUCCAACGCCAAGGUGGUCAUCCUGUUCACGCGCAGCGAAGACGCCCGCGAGCUGCUGGUGGCGGCCAACCGCAUGAACGUCACCUUCACCUGGGUGGCCAGUGACGGCUGGGGAGCGCAGGAGAGCGUGGUGAGGGGGAGCGAAGCCGUGGCGGACGGAGCGUUCACCAUUGAAUUGGCCUCCUAUCAGAUCCCUCAGUUUAACGACUACUUCACUGCCCUGCACCCGUACAACAACACCCGGAAUCCCUGGUUCAGAGAGUUUUGGGAGAACCAGUUCCAGUGCAGCCUCCACGAUCUGGGCUGUGGGAAGCACUCACUUCGCGAGAUUCCAUUUCAACCAGAAUCCAAGAUCAUGUUUGUGGUGAAUGCUGUCUAUGCAAUGGCUGCUGCACUACAUAACAUGAGGCAGGCCCUAUGCCCCAACUCCACCAAGGUGUGUGAUGCUCUUAAACCUGGCAAUGGCAGGAAGUUUUACAGGGACUACAUUCUCAAGGUCAAGUUUGAUGCACCAUUUCGACCACCAGACACAGAGAAUGUAGUCCGCUUUGAUGCCUUUGGAGACAGCCUCGGCCGUUACAACAUUUUCCACUAUCACAAAGAGGGUGGACGCUACGUCUACCGUAAGGUUGGCUACUGGUCUCAGAGCCUGACCCUGAACACCAGCCUGAUCCCCUGGGCUGGCCAGGUUGCUCCGACCUCCCAGUGUAGUGACCCCUGCAGGAAGAACGAGGUGAAGAGUAUGCAGCCUGGAGAUGUGUGCUGCUGGAUCUGUAUCCCCUGCCAGCCCUACCAGUACUUGCAGGAUGAGUUCACCUGUGCUGACUGCAGCUUUGGACAGUGGCCACUGGCCAACCUGACAGGCUGUUACGACCUGCCCGAGGAGUACAUCCGCUGGGAAGAUGCCUGGGCCAUUGGACCUGUCACCAUUUCCUGCCUUGGGAUGAUGUGUACGCUCUUUGUUAUUGGCCUCUUCCUUAAACACAAUGAGACGCCCGUGGUGAAGGCAAGUGGACGAGAGCUCUCCUACAUACUUCUGCUUGGAGUGCUGAUGUGCUAUAGCAUGACCUUCAUCUACAUCGCCAAACCUUCCACGGCAGUGUGUACGCUGCGCCGGCUAGGCUUGGGCACCUCCUUCGCUGUGUGCUACUCAGCCCUUCUGACCAAGACCAAUCGCAUCGCUCGGAUAUUCAGCGGGGUUAAGGACGGAGCCCAGCGCCCUCGAUUCAUCAGCCCGGCCUCCCAGGUUGCCAUCUGCGGUGCUCUGAUCUCCUGCCAGCUGGUAGUGGUGGUGGUCUGGCUGCUGGUGGAGGCCCCAGGGGUGCGAAAGGAAGUCAGCCCGGAGAGGAGAGAUGUGGUCACCCUCAAGUGUAAUAGCAAGGACUCUAGUAUGCUCAUGUCUCUCACCUACAACUGCAUCCUCAUUAUCCUCUGCACUGUCUACGCCUUCAAGACCCGCAAGUGCCCAGAGAACUUCAACGAGGCCAAGUUCAUCGGGUUCACCAUGUACACCACCUGCAUCAUCUGGCUGGCUUUCCAGCCUAUUUUCUACGUUACUGCCAGUGACUACAGGGUGCAGACCACUACCAUGUGCAUCUCUGUCAGCCUGAGUGGGUCGGUGGUGCUGGGCUGCCUCUUUGCUCCCAAGGUCCACAUCAUCCUGUUCCAGCCGCAGAAGAAUGUCAGCACCCUUAGGGUGGCCACCACCCGCUUCAGCGUCACCACUGGCCCAGGCUCCAGUUUCUCUCAAGCAUCAGCCUCCAAUGUUGUUCCAACAGUGUGUAACGGACGAGAGGUGGUGGACUCCACAACAUCCUCCUUGUGAAGAUCGCCUGAGUUCCUUUGCCAAGCAUUGUAAACAAGAGUUAUAUAAUCACUAGUCCUGAAUCAGGUGUCUCAGAUAUUAAAGAGGUCACACAGACGAUUGUCCUGACUUAGUUGUCCUCAAAGUGCUGUGAGUACAAUGUCCCAAUUAUUUCAUUUUGUUCUUUGACUCGUAGCGAUUUUAAAUGAGAUGCCAAUAAAGUCGCAUUAUAGCCCUUGUUUUUAUUGAAGAUUCUACUUGCAACAAUGGAGUACAUUAUAGUCAAUCUGUUAAAUGUAAUAUAUACAAGACGUUUUUAAUGUAGAUUUUGGUGAACCAGUUUGUGCUUUCUUGUAAUUUAUGUAAAUAAAAUGUGUUUUUUAUUAAUACCAAAAUAA